AUGGCGACCCUCAAACCACCUUCAGCUACACAUCGCUCCGCCUCCGGAUCCUCUACGCCUACCGGCCCUCCUAAAGCCCCCGUCAAAGCCGAUCCCUCAGCUACCAUCGCCGACCAAGUUGUCUUCCAGGGGACACACCCUGUCACGAUUGGCGCCAACACAAUCAUCCACCCACGCGCUCGAUUCUACGCUUACGAGGGACCCAUAACGAUCGGCGAGGGCUGCAUCAUCAGCGAAAAGACUGUUAUUGGCGCGACUCCUUCAUCACCUUCCUCUCCAUCAACAUCCACCAAUACACACACCCGCCUCUCCUAUUUCGUUACUAUCGGCCCACAAUCCACCAUCAAGCCCGGUGUACACAUACACUCCUCCACCACCGUCGAGGCUCUUGUUACAAUAAAUCAACACGCGGACAUCGGCUCACACACAAAGAUCUGUUCCGGGUGCGAGAUCCCAGAGCGCGGCAGGGUGUCCGAAUGGACGGUCGUUUGGGGAUCAGGUAUCGGACAGCGGAGACGACGAACGCGCGAAGCAAAGAUGCCAGGUUCUGCUGUGUUAGUUGCAGCGCAAGUUGCGCAGGCCACGGCGCCUGAACCUGCGCCUGCAGGGAAGGUAAUUGAAGAUGCGAGGCUGAUGGUCUUGCAGAAGGAGAGAGAAAUCCUUGGUCGGAUGCUUGUUCCUUCGGGGCCGAAGAAAAAAUAG